GUCGUUUUCACUUCCACUUCCUGGAAGCGAGGUCCCGUCUAAUGAACAGUUCUCUUUACUCGUUGCUUUCUGCUGCAGGCGGUGUCAUACCGGAGACUGACUGAAAGCACAGACUGAAGACUUGGCUGUGAGUCAUUCUGUCCAUCACGUUCAACUCAGCAGUUUCCUGCCUGGUUCAAUCAUGUCUGAUCUUAGACAAGACAGCAAUUUGGAGACAGAUCACAUGGCUGAUUUUUCCCAGAUCAACAGUCGCCUGGACUCAUUCCUUGGCUCCAGUCUGGCCCAGCAGGUACCAGCAGAAAACUUGGCCCGGGCCGGCUUCUACUUCACUGGCCAUGGCGAUCGGGUCUGCUGUUUUAGCUGCGAGGAGACUGUGGAAAACUGGUGCAGGGGAGACACACCUGUGGAGAGGCAUAAAGAGGUUUCCCCAUCAUGCAGGUUUCUCAGCUGCAUCCACCGCACCAAUUACAACCUGAGUCGUGACAAUAGACUGACCAACGGUUCCACAUACAACGAAGAAGCAGAAGACAUGCUAUAUCGAUUGAGAACAGGAGAGGUGGUCGAUGAGUCAACCUACCCGAUGGCCCCUCACAUGAGGAGUGAGGAGGCCCGGCUUCAGACCCUCUCUUCUUGGCCCUCUACUUCUCCUGUGAGACCCCGGGAUCUGGCCCAAGCCGGCCUCUACUACCUCGGCCUUGAGGACCGGGUGCAGUGUUUCUGCUGUGGUGGCAUGCUGGGCGGUUGGGAAGACGGGGACACCGCCUGGGCAGAGCAUACCAAACAUUUCCCCAACUGCUUCUUCAUCCUUGGUCACGAUGUGGGCAACGUCCCAUCCCAGUGGGGAACAAUGGAGGAGGAGAGCGGCAGCAGGCCACAUGCAUACACUCGUGUCAAUAUGGGGAGUUUUGAGGAGAGGCUUAGCAGCUUUUCAGGUGUCCUGCAUCCUAUUGACCACGAGAGGCUUGCCAGAGCUGGCUUCUACAGCGCAGGGACAGGAGGAGACAGGGUGUUGUGUUUCCGCUGUGGCGGAGGUCUGAAAGGCUGGCAGCCUGAAGAAGACCCUUGGGAAGAACAUGCCAAACACUACCCUGGAUGCAGCUUCCUGUUAGCAGAAAAAGGACAAGAAUUUGUCAACACUAUCCAGCUACAAGACCCACGACGAAAUAGAGCUACUUCAAGUCAGCAGAAUGGAUUUUCUGGUCAUGUGAAUGAGGUGCUGCAGUCUCCCAUGGCUCAGAAGGCCAUAGAGAUGGGUCUGGAGCCCGGUGUGGUGGAAAAGACCAUCUUGGAGAAAAUCAGCAAGACCGGCUCCGGCUACUCCACCGUGGAAGCACUUAUGGAGGAUCUUAACAACACACAGAGCGAGGCUGCCAACUCACUGGAGCAAGAUAAGGACCCAAUGGAGAAACUGCGAGAGCUGCAAAGGGAGAAACAGUGCAAAAUAUGUAUGGACAGAGAUAUCUGUAUCGUCUUCAUUCCAUGUGGUCAUCUGGUCACCUGUAAGAAGUGUUCAGAGUCGCUCGUCAAGUGUCCAAUCUGCUGUGGAGCCAUAACACAGAAGAUCCAGACAUAUAUCGCCUAAGGGAAUCUCAGACUCUUGCCAAACGUCAAUGCUGUUUUCUCACUGUCUUCAUAAUAUUGUAUUUUAAUAUAAAAAUGUAGAUAGCCUGUGAUAUAUAAUAUAUAAUAAUUUUGUUUGUAUGUGAAUGAGAAUGAAAGAAUGAGUAAUCCUCACAAGACAACUAUAUUUUCACAAUCAUCGAGAUGGUAAAUAGAUGUUAAUAUGGCUGAGGGCUACGGAAUUUAGUUGUAUCACUACAAUGACAAUAAAAACCUCUUUAUCUUUAUAUAUGAUUGGAUGAUAUUAUAAAUAACUGGUGUUGAUUUUUAUUGGCCUUUAAUAGGUACUGAAACUUGUAAAUACAGUUUAAAAUGAAUUACCAUUAUAUAACACUCUUUCUUGCCAGAGGUGCCUUUCUCUAGGUUCAUGUACUUGUGUCUCAUUUUGUUGAUUUAUUUUGGACAUGGCAGUUGAACUGGAUAUAAUUUGGUUUCAUACACUUAUGUGUCUCAAUCAUCUAUUUAGUCUUGCGUACUUGGGGACUUUAAUUUUCUCAAUGUGUGCUGCUCUGUAUGGCAAUGUUUAAAGGUAGAUCAUUAAUCCAUUAAAAAUCAUUUUUAACUGACAAAAUCAACUCUAAUAUAGAGCCUACAACCAUGGCCUGCAAGUAAUCAGUGUGGUGUGAAAUUAUUUUACCAUUCCAUCAUGCAAUCUGUUGU